CGAGCGCUCAGUGACGUAGGGGCCCUGUGUGCGAAGGGACGGGGGGUGUCGGGACGAGCAGCCACGUCGCGGGUCCCCAUGGAGCGGAGGCUGGCGCAGUUCCGAGCCGCGCGCAGCGCCCCACAGCCCGUGGCGGCUCCGCCUAGCGAGCAGAAAGCCGGGCCGGAGGCAGGCCUCGGCCCGCGGGACCGCCCCGCCCAGGAAGAGGCGCGCAGGCCGGGACCCCCGCAGGACGUGGCUGCCGGUGCCGCCGCCCCGUGGGGCGCCCGGGCUCUCCUGCCCCACGUGGCCUUGCUGAAGUUCCUGCUCUGGCUGGUGCUGCUGGGGCUCGCGGCGGAGCUGCAGUUCGGGCUGCCCUGCUUCGUCCUGUCGCUGUUCUACUGGCUCUACGCCGGCAUGCGCGGCCCCGGCCAGAGGCGGCCGGGGGAGAGAAGCGCCUACUCCGUCUUCAACCCGGGCUGCCAGGCCAUCCAGGGCACGCUCACCGCGGAGCAGCUGGAGCGAGAGUUACUUUACGGACCCGCCGCCGGGAGGUAGCGGCUGGCGCCAGGGGACUGUGGGCGCAGCCUGACGAGCAGCAGCUGUGUGCGCGCCUCCCUCUCGGCAGCUGGUGCCACCCUUUGUCUGCGCUGCCCCUGCUCGCUGCCGGGCCUUAGGCGCCCCCCUCGGGCCUGUGUGAAAUCCAUCCUCGUAGCACCGCAAAACUAACUGUUCUUCGCCGCCUGAGCCUCUCGCUCGCUAAGGGAGUGAAUUCGAGGUGACUCCAAAUAAGAAAGUAGCUAGCGCUGUUCCGGGUGAAAUGCCUUAAUUGACGCCUGCUGGCUUGAAGUUAUGGCCACAGAGUGGUGCCAAUUCUAAUGUACUGAUAUGGCCUUAUACACAACUUCCGGACACUAAGGCUUCUGGUACCUCAGAAGGCAGGGCAGUCUGAACCUCCUUGCCUUUAUUUUCUUAUGCUGCUGGCCCUCUAGUGAAAGCAAUUAACCUGUGAAGAUUGUCAUCUUAAUAUUAAGCAGCGUAAUGAAGAAUCCAUGCCUAGCCUGGCUUUCAGAGUCAGGACCCCAUCUGCUCUGAGACCAAAUUUCACAGCAGUGUUAACUUAAUUCUACUGCCCCUGAAAUACCCGUCAUUCUUGUUUCUUACCCUCUCCCCCCCAUACAGAUAAAUGUGUCAUAGCUGUAAAUAUUCAGGGAUUUAAAAUGUGUUGUAUUUACUAUUUCCAACAGUUUUUUUUAAGAAAGUUAUUUUUAUUAUGCUCUGCAUGGGACAGGAUGGGAUUAAGGGGGCCUGAGCCCACUCUCCUGGCCUCAACUCUUCUUCCACCUAAAGGAAAGUGGUAGCUGCCUGACCCGUUGCCUUCCUCUAUGGGACCGUGCAGGGAACAUGGACUAUAAUCCAGUUACGUCUCUGUUGUGAGGAAAGCUGAAGAUCAAGAGGCAGCUGCAGGCAUGUCCUAUGGGCACCUGGCUGCAACAGCAUAGCAAAUUCUACAGCAAAAAUGCUUAGUGGUAUAUAGUGGGGAAAAUUCCAAAUGACAAGACGGCAGAGCCCCCAGGGCCCUGAUUGUAAUGAAUAGGGUAGUUUACACCUCUGAGCUACUGUCAGACUUUCUAUACCCCUACAUUCAAUUCAUGUUUUCAAGGUUCUUUCUGCCAGAAACCAAAUCUGUUUUUUAAAUGAAAGUUGAAAUUUGGGAACACAGUUUUGCAGCAAGUGGUAAAUUUAGCUGCUGGGGAAUCUCAAACAGUGUCAAUAAUUAACAGACAUUUAUUUAGCUCUAGCUAGGCUUUUAAUAGUAUGAUUAAUAACUCUUUCUUCUUCCCUUAUCACUGUAAUUGCACUUCGGCAGGCUGCUAUUGCUGCCAUUUAUUAAGGGAUGAUGAUAAAUGAGGCACAGAACUCGGGAUGGUGAGGGAAAGUCAGCUGACUUAGUACCCAUAAUUUGCUAUAAUAUUCUUAAUUAUGCAGAUUAAGGAAUACACUCUUCAACAGAGGAGGUAUUGAGCCCAGCACCCCACACAUCAUGUGAUUGCCCAUGCAAAUGCAAAGGCACCUAGCCUCCUUUGUAAUGCUGCACGGAGGAUGGGUUAUAGUCUGCACUCAGCCAAGUUUACAGUCUGUAGCAUAGGAUUUUUUUUUCCAUUUUAUUUAAUCUUAUGGGAACAUGCUUUAUUAUAAAAUUAGCCUGCUUUAGAAUCCAGUCCAAGUUACUUCUGGUUUCAAAGUAAAAUUUAGGCUUCAGGAGAUGAAAAAUAACCAUUAGAGCUUCAAGCUCUGCCAGGACUGCCUAUUUAAUGAGCAGUGAUAUCUGUUAUUGAGCUGUUCACAACUGUAGGUGGGUGAGAUCUAAUACAGGAAAAAAUACAAUAAUGCUGUUUUGUCCUGGUUAUUAAAUAUGCAUAAUCUCCCAUUCCAAUAAAUCAUUUUGGUUUCUGGCUGGACAGAGACAAUUUUUAUCAUCAUUGGGCAUUCAACUUGAAUUGUUGGAGGUCCUUGCCUCUGGCAGAUGCUGUACUUUACUAUCCCUUAAAUUGGGAGAGGUUUCUCUAGUACAAAUCUCCAUGGAAGAGUUUACUCCGAUAAUUUGUGCCAUGGCUUUGCAAUACUGACUAAUGUUACUAUGUUUGCCUCGAAUGUAUUGUAUCACAAUGGGACCGUACCCAUAAAAAAGAAAAUCAGAUGUUUUUAGUGUGAUUGUAAUUUAUUCCCUUUGUGUAACAAAGAUUAUAUAUAUAUAGUAUAAAUGACCCUUUGCAGUUCAAGUUACCAGCAGGAGGUGGAAAGGGACUAGAGAGGAGAAGUGCUUCAAGGAUUCUUGUUUGUGGAAGAUAGUGAGAUGCUCUCACUUGAGUUAAUCAAAGUGGAAGGACAAUAAGAAUAAGGAUACCAAUCGUGCUUGAUCUACUAAGGCUCUUCACGCAGCUCUCUAGCUAGUGAUUAGGUUUCUAGUUUUGGAUUGUUUGCUUUGAUAAUUAGAAGACUGAUUCGAUUAGAAGUUUUAGUAAUUCUUUCUAAGAGACUGAGGUAUCAACACAUAUACCAAGUAAAAUCUUUUCUGAUUUGCACAGUCUUCUGUUCAAAACAGUAAUUUAGAUGCCCAAUCUGAUUCCAGUGGGGGUCCUACUGUUCACCAUGUAUUCUAACAGAGUAGCUGUUGCUACAAGAGAGAUCAGGAAAAUUACUAACACUACAGAAGAAGAUGUUUUUUUUAGGCAAACCGCUUGAGGACAUACACUCUCAAUAAAUGACUUAAUAUCCACUA